GAUAACAAAACAAGUGUUUUCUUUUGUGUGUUGGCGUUGCUAGGAAUAAAAAGAUUGAAUUUUGUUAAACAUUUGACAACGACAACGUUUCUAUAGAUACAUCGGCUACAAAACAAAGUUUAUUUAGUUUAUAUAAAUAGUUUCUAAGGAUGCCGGAUUAAUUUAAUUCCUGAAAAAUCAAUUCAAAAGUUUGCUUAUUUCGAUUUCAAUCCAUUCAUGGAAUCAAUCCAUUUCAUGCGUAAGAAAGAAAAGAAAAUCUUAACAAGACAGACAGAGACAGCUCCCAAACAAAAAGUAUCUCAAUUGCUUUUCACUUGCACAUUCGGUGGAUUCAUAUGAAGUUACAUUCACCAGAAAAUUGAGUUCAGUAAAUAAAUGAGUUGCGCACUGAGUUUUCAAAGUUUAUCUUUUCACAUCUCCGUCGUUUCGUUCGUCGUCGUCUCGGAUAAAUAUUUAUAUUUAUAUUUUUGUAAUUAAAAAGUGGCGGUCUGACUUGAAGACUCAAGAAAAUAAUCAAUCAAAACUUUAAAACGACAUUAAACCAAGUGAAAUGGAAGAUCCCACCGAGGCUAAUUCAAUGUACGCCAACCUGCCACCUGAGAUUUUGAUAAACAUAUUCCAAUACUUAGAUUUUUAUGAUGUCCAGUCUGUGAAGCUGAGCUGCAAGCAGUGGCUUGCAGUUACAUUACUUCCGGAAUUUGAAACAAAUGGAGUAUUUAAAAUAUCAACUGGCAUACUUGACAAGAACCAUCCCGCUGCCGAAAUAUUGAUGAGCAAACAAAUUACUAAGCUCUAUUUAAAAGGCGUUUUCAUUGGAGAUGCUGAUGAGAUCUUUCAACAUGUUGGAACUUCCCUCAAAGAACUCACUCUCAAACUAGUGCCCAUCGAUACAGUCCUGCCACUUACAAUGAAACACUUUCAUAACCUCCGCUAUCUUAAAGUGACCCACAUAAAAUUGUCUUCAUUGGUGGGAAAUGUCAGUUGGCUUUAUAGUGGGAGUCUUUCGCAAAUGCAAGACUUGUGCCUAAUUGCAAAUGACUCUAAUGUGAACAAAUACAUUUUGGACAGCGUCGAUUCGUCUGAGUCGCUGAAAAUUCUCACCGUUGAAUUUAUCUACAAAGACGAAGCAUACAUCUUGAAGGUGAUAGAAAAGCAUGCGAAAUCACUUGACGAAUUGGAUCUUCGCUACUACGAGGGAACACCAUUUAGUUCUUCAAAAUGGGGAGAGGUCUUUGAAAAACUGAAAUUGAGUGAAUUGAGUCUGCAGGGAAAUUUUCAUCCCGAUAUUGUAGCUCGAGCUAUCGAGUCUCAGAAGUCACUGCGCUCUAUAGACCUUACAGGCUCUGUGGCAGUAGAUGACAGUUGUCUUUUUCGAAUCGGAAGAAAACUCCCAGAACUAGAAAGGCUCAUUCUGGACUAUUGUGGCAGAAUCACCAACAGGGGUGUCAAUCAAUUGGCAACUCUGUCGCAAUUGAAGAUUCUUGACCUCACUGGAUGCAACAAACUAACUUCACUCAGCAUUCACGGUAUAAUAGGGAGGACAACAAAUUCGCCGUUGAUGGAGUUGCAUUUGCAGGAUGUGAACUUAGAUGAAUCGGAUGUGUGUUUCUGUGCGAACAAUUUGCCAAACUUGAGGAUAUUUAACCUAAGCGGAUGUGGUAAAGCGGUUACAGACAAAUCGAUCCAAGAAGUAUUCGACUGUCUGAGGAAACUGCAGGGUUUGAAGAUCGACAGCUCCAUUUUAACAGAUGAUGGAAUCCUUGGCAUACCCACCGGAAACUCGAUACAAAACUUAGAGUUCCUUGAAAUGCUCAGUAUACGGUGCUGCAAAGGUUUAACAGAUCUUUCACUCACAAGCGGUCUCAUGAUUCCGCAACUCAAAUUCCUCGACAUAUCGAACUGUGAGAAAAUGAGUGUUGUUGGUCUACGAUCUCUAGUUCAAAACUGUCCAACAGUUGAAGAAAUGCGUUUAGCUAGUGGAAAAGGUAUGGGUCUCGAGGCUGUCCAGGCCCUGACCAGUGGAUUGGGAAGGUUAAGACUACUAACAGUGGAAAAUUGUCGAGAUUUAUCACAAAUCACUGCAGUCAAUUGGACACAAACUAGGUUCCGGCCGAUUUCCAAUGAAGUCACUUUGAAGCGAAACAUAAAACCGUGUCAAACGGCAGCUGGAGCAGAUUUUAAAGAUUGACUCUAUUAAAUAUUUUCAAAUGCAAUGACUUUUUAAAUUGCAAUUUUUAAGUUUUCCUUUUUAUAGACGUAACGAUAGAUAAUUUAUCCUUUCAAUGUGUGUUUGUAUGUAAAAUGGAUGUAUGUUCAAAACUAUAUAAUGUGUAAAUGUUUGUAUGUUU